AUGCCAAACACGAGUGCACCAGGAAACGAAGUUGCCGCCUCGUCGACGGAAACUAAAUCUACUCCUUCCAACGCAUCUGCAACCGCCGCAAAGUCAUCGGGUACCACCACAAUAGCCAUGAGCAGCUCUUCUGCCUCUGUCGCUGCCCCGUCGCAACACCAGUCAUCAACCCCACAGGUAAGCCUUGUACAUACUUUGCAUAUGCCCUCUGCCACCACCACGAAAACACCACGCAUAGAGUUGCUGAACAAUCCUGCACAGCCCAAUUCCGUGCAACAAAAUUUGCCUGCUCAGCAAACACGUAAAGCUCACGUGGAAUCAAAUGCUUGUUCCACAAACGGUAGUAGCGUCGCCGGUAGAUCAAUUGCCCUUUCCACAGUGCCACCUGCCGAAGUUAGCGGCGCCAAUCCAGGAUCAGCUUCUCCAACAGUACAGUCGCAUUCGGUAGAAAGCAUUCUUAUUUGUAUGCAGAACCAAAUAGAAGUUUUACAGCGCCAACUUAAAGAAGCAGAAGUUAGGUUAGCAAAAUCAGAGUUGGGAAAAGAUAGGAAAUUAACAGCUAGGCAAAAUAACGUUUUUUCGGCUGCUCCAGUUACACAGACCAUCGAAAGUUGCGCCAGGCCAACAACAACAAUUUCGAGCCAAGUGAAUACCGUUGCGCAUAUACAGCAACAUGAUAGCAACAUGUCGCCUAACGCCUUGCAACAAAAUAUGUUUACGGAACCAGUGUACACGCAUCCAACGACAUUUGCUCCAAGUUUAAAUAAUCGCGCGUCACCUUAUGCCAGUUCGCCAACUCCUAAUUCGGUAGAUUCUGCUAUACAACUGCAAAGAGCAGCAAAUAAUCAAAUAAACGUUUUUGGUUCUACAAUCGCACAUAGAAAACUGAUUGAUCUUCCGGAGUUUUCUGGUCAGCCGGAAGACUGGCCAAUAUUUUACACAGCUUACGUCGAGUCGACUGCCGCCUAUGGUAAUUCACAUUUUGAAAAUAACGAGCGUUUAUAUAUAUCCAAACAUUCAACAUUUUAG